AUGAGUGGAAGAAUACCAUUGUCAUCGGCCUUGCGAUCGUUGACUCUCUACGGAGAAGGCCAGAGCUGCUUCAGACAUCUUCUACUCCAAAGGCCUUUCUCAUCGACAUCACGAUGCAACAGUAUCUCCAAGGAGAUGCAGAGCAAAAACGACCGUGAGCUCGAGAACCGACUACUGGGAGGCCAAAGCAAGAACGCGGGCCCUUCAAGGCUUGCAGCACUAUCUCAAAGCACAAGAUCAAAGGCAGCGACAUCAUCCAGCUCUCAGACGACGGAAGAGGUCCUCGCCAGAGUCUCAAACCUGAUAAAAAACCCACAACAAACCGCCGAGCCUCCCCACCAUCUACACAUCUACGCCCAUAAGCGCAACUCGCAUGUCACCUUGACGAAGCCCAACGGCGAGGUGCUACUCUCUCUAAGCACAGGCAACAUCGGAUUCCGCAAGGGCCACAGGAAAGAUUACGAUGCGUCCCACCAGCUGGCUGUUUAUUCGAUGGGCAAGAUACAGGAGAGAGGCUUCCUCAUGGACAUCAACUGCCUGGAAGUCAUAUUCCGAGGGUUCGGGCCCGGUCGAGAAGCGUUCACCAAAGUCCUACUCGGAAAGGAGGGCAAGGUCCUCCGCGAGCGAAUUGUCCGGGUGUCAGAUGCGACGAGACUGAAGUUCGGCGGCACACGAAGCCCAGCACUAGCAUCUAUACAUCUUACUAUUUGCCUCUACCAGUUACAUCUGUAA